AUGCACGCCGCCCUUCUCGCCCUCCUCGCGAUCCCUUUCGUCGCCGCCGCCCCCGUUGACGUCGGGGCGCGUGACGCCGAUGCGCAGGGGCAGAACAUUAACGGCUGGGGCAUCAACCCUCCGUACUGGAAGAAGGACGCCGAUGCUCAAGGACAGAACAUCAAUGGGUGGGGGAUCAACCCUCCUUACUGGAAGAAGGACGCCAACGCCGACGCCGACGCCGACGCCGACGCCGAGCCUCAGAACCACAACGGCUGGGGUACCAACCCGCCGUACUGGAAGAAGGACGCCGACCCCGAGGCGCAAGGACAGAACAUCAACGGGUGGGGCAUUAACCCGCCCUACUGGAAGAAGGAGGCGGAGGCCGACCGUCUCCACGUGUGA